CUUUCAUUUUCACCUACGCAGCAACAAUGCGCAUCUGGGUUGGCGACGAAACGGGCCUUCUCAAAGGACUCAAUAUUGAACGAUCUGUCGUCAACCGCUAUCUGGAGCGCGAUCGCCAGCGCGGGAUUACACACAUGUCGUUCGCUGGCGUCGACGGCACUGAGCGCGAGGACGAGAUUGCCGUUGGCCUCGCGAAUGGAACCGUGGGCAUCCUCAGCCAACUCCAAGCCGCAGAGACGCCCAUCUUGCGCGAGUUUCUGCCGGUGCCCGCACCCGUCAUGGACGGCAUCGAGCCAUCGCCGGCAAACAAGGACGAGCCUGCUGGUGCCUACACCGCUCCCGGCACGCGUGCACCUCGCCCGCGCCACUACGUGAAUUCUGCAUUCUCUGAAAGCACCGCGUUGGCCGGUGUCGAGGUGUUUAACAGAUCUCUCAUUACUUGCACCAAGGAGGGAUGGGCAGCAUUCCGAAAGCUCGACGGAGAGACCACCGAUGCGCCAGUGUUGCAUUUCAAAGCCGCACCCCAUUGCGAAAAGAUGCGCCUUGCACCGGCCUCAGAAGGCCGAUUUAUCGCCACUGGUGGCAACGAGUCAGAUCUUCGAGUUUGGGACGUGACAAACACCGCGGCGCCUGUAUUCCAAGCAAAGAACCUUCCGCAUGAUAACACAGAGUUGCGCGUGCCGGUCUGGAUCACAGACCUCAACUUUAUUCCCAACACGAGUGCGCAGCAGGUUGUCGUGGGCACUGCUUACAAAGAGAUUCGCCUUUAUGAUGCGCGUGUCAAGAGGCGACCAACCCUGAUGAUUACAGUUGGCGAGUAUGGAGUAAACAGCCUGACUUGCAGCAACGAUGGCCGAUCUGUUUUUGUUGGCGACAAGGCCGGGCACAUUUCCGCCUGGGAUCUGCGCAAUGGAAACGCGAUGGGUCGUUACAAAGGCUGUGCCGGUGCAAUCCGCGGAAUGCAGCAGCAUGCCACGCUGCCUUUGUUGGCCGUUGCCAGCGUUGACCGGUUUGUUCGAGUGUACGACGUUUCCACUCGCGUUCUGGCUCACAAGUUUUAUGUCAAGCAGCAACUCUCGGCGCUGCUCUUCUCGUCGGAGGGCCGCAUCAAGGUGAACAAGCCCAACGCGGACAGCGACAGCGAUGAACGCAGCGAUAACGAGGACGAUGUCGAGGAUGACGAUGAGGAUGCGCAAAUUCGCGCAAACGGCGCAGAGCUGGAUGAUUUUGGUGCCAAGGCGCGCCAGCAACGCGAACAGGCAAAGAAGGGCGCAGCCAAGGGUGCUGCCGCGACCCCCGCCGCCAAGGCCGCCGCGGCUGCCAAGGAGGACGAGGAGCAGGAGGAAGACAUCUGGAAGCAGCUGCGAAGCACCAAGGAGCAAGCAGGCAAGAGCAAGAGCGAAAAGGCGGCCAAACCGCAAACCGCAACGACGGCUGCGGUUCGCGGCCCGAAGCGGACGGCCGCUGCGCGCAAGACGGCCGAAUCCGACGCCGAGUCUGAUGCUGACAAUGCCGAUAGCGCCCACGAGGAGGCUGCAGGUGGUGCGGCGGUCGUGGAUGUGAAGGGGAAUGCGGGGGCGCGCAAGCAGCCCAAAAAGGCGCGGAUGUCCAAAUAAAGUGUUCGGACCCUGA